CGCGGCCAAGACGUUCGGUGCCAUGGCUCGUUCGUCACACGGCUCUCACCCCCCCACCCCCCCCUCACCCCUACCACCUGGCGGCGACAAUGAAUGUGGAGGGGGCGCUGGCCUUUGCACGACUCUCACCAUUCCCUGUGGCCCUUGUUCCGGUGCCGCCGGACGAGACUCCGCCCGAAAGCCCAUGGCUCACCGGCACGGGCUUGUCUGCCGAAGCGGUGGCGACCUGCGGCUCUGACCUGGUUGUGGCGAACACGGCCAUGAUUGACCUGCUCGCCGCUGCCGAGUGGGAUGUCAACGCAGGCGACAUCCAAGAAGCUUGCAGGAAGACUGGCGAGUCACAGUUUGCGAUCGAGAGUCACAAGGGCCAGCUCGAGUUUAGACUUGAUGCGUGCGUGGACGAGCCCCGGCUGGUGGUGGUCGUCGGCGAGAGCCGGGCGGUCGACAUUGUUCGCGGCCCGCUCCACCAGUUUUUGAGCAGUCGCUCGACAUGCUCUGCCUCAUCAACUACCGCGGAUGUCUGGAGAUCAUCAACCCGAUGUGGACCGAGGUGCUGGGAUGGAGCGAGGAGGAGCUAAAGGCCAUUCCGCUUGUGGAGCGCAACCACCCUGACGACAAAGCGCAGACGAUGGCCAUGGUUCGCAAGGUUAACCAGGGCGGCGUCAAGCUCGUCACCUUUACCAAUCGCAUCAUGGCCAAGGAUGGGACGUACAAGAAACUGCUGUGGUCGAUCUCGUCCGAUCACAACUACAAGUACUGCGUGGCGCGCGACAUCACCGAGAUGGCCGAGCGCGAGGCUGCGCUGGCGGCGUCGGAACACAAGCUCCGUGAAGUUCUCUCAGCCUCGGGUGAUGCCUACCUCGAGUGCGCCGAGGACGGUAUCGUCCUAAGCUGCAACAUGGCUACGCUCCGCCAGCUCGGUCGGACCGAGUCUGUAGACCUGGUUGGCUCGCCACUGGCCGGCCUUGUCCCCUCGCUCGACUCACUGUGGUCUCAAGUCACGGCCCGGCUCGAGGCACUCGACGGCGGAGAGCUGCCCUCGGACGACGAUGAAGACACUUUGCCAGAAUCGUCGUUUGACUUUCGGACGAGAUUGCGCUGCGGAUCGAGACGCUUGCUUCGGCGGAUGUGCAUGAGAAGCCGAAAGCCGCACCCAAGGGCAUAAGCAUGCAGCUCCAGCGAAGUGACUCGGACUCACGGCUGGCAGAUGGCCGUCGAUUGGCUGUGGUGGUCCGCAACGCGCGGGCAUGCUACGAUGGACGGACCCUGGUGCCUGUCGACGUUGUUGUGGAACGCAAGAUGGAUGCCAAUGGGUGUCCACGGUUUACCACGACGUUGGUGGAUGUGUCAGAGCGGAUGCGGGCGUCGCUGGAGGCUGCAGCCCGGCGCGAGAUGGAGAAGCGAGUCAUGGCCAAGGCGCAGUUUCUCGCCAACAUCUCGCACGAGCUCCGAACGCCGCUCAACGGGGUGCUCGGCAUGACGUCGGCGAUGCAGUCGACUGCGCUUACGACGGUCCAGCGUGAGAACAUGACGGUGAUUGACAAGUCUGCGCGCGCCCUGCUCUCACUCCUCGACGACCUGCUCACGUUUGCACAGGCCGACUCGGGCAAUCUCGCGCUGCACUACCAGAUUUUCUCGAUCCAGGCGCUGCUUGACGACAUGGAGAUUAUGCUCUCGAAUGCCCUUGUGGCGGCGGGCAAAGAUGCGGUAUCCAUCGCGCGGGUGAGCGCGGACCUCGAGCUGCCGCCUUUGUGUGUUGGCGACUCGCGACGGAUCCGGCAAGUCUUCAUGAACCUCAUCUCGAACGCGGUCAAGUUUACCGAGCGCGGCCAAAUUCGGCUUGCGGUGCGAGUGAAGCCGGCCGGUGACGGUGUCAAACUGCCUGGGGCAGUGCCUUGCAACGACGCCGCGCAUCUCUUUGACUCUGAGCCUGACGACGAUGAUGCACCGGCGACUACCAGCGAGGCUGACGUUCCGUGGGCGGCGGUGCUGCCUGUGGAGAUUGCGGUGACCGUGGCCGAUUCUGGAAUCGGGAUGAGCAGUGAGCUCGUGAAGCGAGUCUUUGCUCCGUUUGAGCAGGCCGAUGGCAGCAUCAGGCGCAAGCACGGCGGUGCUGGGCUUGGCCUAGUGGUUGUCAAGGAGGUGACCCGGCUCUGUGGCGGAGAUGUGAGUGUUGACUCUGCACCGGGCCUUGGGUCGGCGUUCCGCGCCACGUUUGUGUUUGGUGCGGUGCAAGAUACGGCAGCGCAACACGCGCGCGUGCUUGGAGAUGUGCGGCCGCUGCAGGAGGCGUCGAUUCUGGUGGUGGGGGCAAAUGCCAAACGGGCGGCGUGGCUAGCCCAACACUUUCAAGAGGCACCAGUCCGGGCGACCGACGUGGUGAGAUUGGCAGACCCUUUCGACGCGUUGGUCGAAAUCCGCGACGCCGCUUCAUUUGGCGAUCCAUAUAGUCUCGUCAUCCUCGAUCCGGAUGAGACCAUUUUGGAUGCGUGGGCUGUCCUGCACUCGCUGGGGCGGUACAACCCAAGUCCGCUCGCACUCGGAACGCGGUUCAUUGUGAUUGGCGAAAGCGAGGCAGGCAAUGCUGCAAGUGCUACUGAGAGUGGGCUGAAGAGCACGGUGGCAACGGUGGCAUCGGACGUCGGGCGGCUGCGAGUCCUGCAGGCCGCGCUUGCAGUGCUCGACGGUGUACCGGCCCAUGCUCACAGCGUCAGCAAGAAACGGCAGCGGGCGAGGCAUCGCGUACGACACUUGUCGUACUCGCGCGAGUUGUCGCUCGGAGAUCAGUCGACUGUGUCAACGUCACAGUCAGCGUCAGCGACACUAAGCCGAUCCGAACUUGAUGCCGUCAUUUCGUGGCCUUCCCAUCGGAGCGUGCUAGACGCGUGUGGCGACGGCGGCCUGGCAGCCUCGGUCUCGGUGGUAUGCGUCAGCGAUAAGGUUGGUCUAGUGGCGACACUCGCCGCUAUGGGUGUGACGCAAGUCGUGACAUGCCGAAGCGGGGCGCAGAUGAUGCUGGCAUUGGGGCGGGCGCGGGCACAACACCAGCUGCCGCAUCUGGUGAUGAUCGAUGGCUCGCACGGGAGCAACGGGCUCCCGCAACUGGCACACACGGCACGAACAGCGCUCGGCAACCCAGAUGGUAUCACCCUGGCUGCGGUGGUUGAUGACUACGACGUGUUCGGCAAUGUUGAUGGCUUUGACGAGGUUCUGGCACCGCCUGUGGACCGCGACGAUCUGAUGGACGCGGCAUGUCGGGCGCUGGUGCGAGCGAAGGUGGCCGAGGUCGAACACAUGCUCCAGUUCUCGCAGCUUCCUGGCGGCAAGCUUCAGGUGCUAGUUGUGGAUGACAUCGAGGUGAACCGAAUGGUUCUCUCCGCACUGCUCGCGAACAUGUCAGCCGAGGUUGCCGAGGCGUGCGACGGCGACGAGAUGCUGAGCCAGCUGAACGCCGACUGCCACGCGGUUGACCUUGUUCUCCUCGACUGCCACAUGCCUGUCAAGGACGGCUAUGCAGCGGCAGCAGAGCUCCGCAUGCUUGAGUGCGAUGGCGAGUGCGACAGGCGGCUGCCGAUCUCUGCGGUGACGGCAGACACGGGAGCCGAGAAAGAGGCGCUGCGGUCUGGAAUGGACCUCUGCCUCUUCAAGCCGAUUUCCCGCGCGGCAAUCCAGGCUGCGGUAGCGCUGCUGGUGGAGCGGGCGCUGCCGCGCGAUGCGCUGAACCCCCCGACGCUGCCGCCUCCCCUCCGUGAUCAAAUCGCGGGAGCGCAGCCGUCAUUGGGCGACGUGGCCCGUGCCGAUCUCGAUGUGAUGGUGGCCGGCCUUGUCCUCUGCGGCCGGCCUCGGGCGGCGUGUGCACUCAAGCUCUCUUGGGACGUGGCGCAAGAGUCGACACGAAGCGGGCUGAUAGAUGGACUGUGCCGGCUAGUUGACGAUGUCAUCAAUGAAUGAGCCGACGGGCAAGA